AUGAAGUCUCGAAUGGAGCAUUACGAGAUCAUGGAACAGAUCGGCCGUGGCGCUUUCGGCGCUGCCAUUAUCGUUUACCACAAAUCCCAAAAAAAGAAAUAUGUAUUGAAGAAGAUCAGAUUGGCGCGGCAAACGGAGCGUUGCAGGAGAUCAGCACAUCAAGAAAUGGCACUAAUAUCGCGAGUUCAGCAUCCUUACAUUGUUGAAUUUAAGGAAGCUUGGGUUGAGAAAGGUUGCUAUGUAUGCAUUGUUACUGGAUACUGUGAAGGUGGAGAUAUGGCUGAAUUGAUGAAAAAAUCAAAUGGGGUCUAUUUCGUCGAGGAGAAACUCUGCAAGUGGUUUGCACAGCUUAUUCUGGCUGUUGAAUAUCUGCAUUCCAAUUUUGUUUUGCAUCGGGACAUAAAGUGUUCCAAUAUUUUUCUUACCAAAGAUCAAGAUGUCCGCCUUGGGGAUUUUGGACUUGCCAAAACUCUAAAGGCAGACGAUUUGGCUUCCUCGGUGGUUGGAACUCCCUAUUACAUGUGUCCUGAACUGCUUGCAGAUAUUCCUUAUGGUUUCAAGUCUGAUAUCUGGUCUCUAGGGUGCUGUAUGUAUGAGAUGGCUGCUCAUCGCCCUGCUUUUAAAGCUUUUGACAUGGCGGGGUUGAUAAGCAAGAUAAAUCGUUCCUCUAUUGGCCCUUUGCCUUCUUGUUACUCUCCAUCCUUGAAAACACUUAUCAGGGGCAUGCUAAGAAAGAAUCCAGAGCAGCGACCAAGUGCAUCAGAGCUUUUGAAGCACCCUUAUUUGCAGCCUUAUGUUGAUCAGUAUCGUCCAUGCUUCAGCUACCCUUCAACAAAUUGCUCCUUGAAGAAGCAUAUUUCCCCUGGUCGUGAAUCUUCUGUUACUAGGAAAAAUAUAGCUGAAAGUCAGAAUACUAAUAGCUCGUGUAGUGAUAAGGAUAGUUUGCUUUCAUGUGACAGAAACGCUGCCACAAUGGCUUCAAAUAGCAAUAGCAAGGCCACUGACACAGAUUCAAUUUCUAAUGAUGAAGGAAGUACUGAGCAGCACCUGCCAAGUGAAGAAGAGAAUAGCCCCAUUGUUUUCACAGUCACAGUUGAUGAAAAAGGAAUGACGAAACCUUCUUAUGCAGAACAGGGAUCAAACGUUCAAUCCAAGCAACCAAAGAUCAUCAAAAGUAUAAUGACGGCUUUGAAAGAAGGGAAAGUAAGAGAAAAUGGUUUCCCAAUGAGAGGCAGCCGUACAAAAACUGCAGGUGGAUCGACUCAAAGAAAUAACGUAGAAGCAUCGCCCAAAGUUCUCAAACCCCCUACUCCCACUCUGGGUUCAAAGUCUAAUGCAGAUACACUAACUGUGGCUUCAGCAAGAUCACCAUUAGAUUCCACAAAAAGGAUACCGAGAUCACAACAUUUGAAGCACCAGUUACCUUUAAUUGAAUCCUUCCCAAAGGCCAAACCUGGAUUUGAAGGGAUUCCUCAUCCUGCACCUGGAAAGCAUGUCGCUGAAGAUGUACUACAUUCCAAGCAAAUGCAAAGGACUCUUUCCGAUGUUGCAAGAAGAUCAUCUAUUACCGGAAGAAUGAAUCAUGCUGAAAGUGAUGUUUCAAACGUGCCAUGUAACGUACCAAAGUUGGGAUUUCAUGAGAUAAACCAGGAGCGUGAGGUUAUUCCUUGUCAGCUGCCCAACGGUUGCCUUAAAAAUGCUUCUAGGGUGGUAAAACCCGAGAUAGCUCUAACGGCAGGUGCCAAGGGGGUUGAAACAGAUAGCAACAAUUCUGCUUCAUCUUCAAUCUCAAUUCAACCAUCUGAGAUGUGUGAUGAUGCGACAACCUCUUUCAUCGAUAUGACAGAAGAGGUGCAUGAUCACGAGAAAAACACCCACACAAAGAGCUUGGAAUCACAUCCACCAUACAGCUCACUUUCGCUGAAAUCAGACACGCCUGAGGUUCUUUUGAGGGAAAACCACGGGUAUGAUCAUAAACCAGUCAUGUGUUCAAGUGAAAAUUCUAGUCCAACCAAGGAUCUUCAUUUUACUUGGGUUGAUGCAAAAAUGAAUCUGAGUGUCCCUAUGGCCCUUCCACGCCCUGUUUCUGAAGAAACAUCUGUUCAUAAAGAUGAUUCCGCUGUAAGCUGGACAUUUAGUAGGGAAGAUGCUCCAUUAAUCCAGACAAAUAGUGUCGAUGAUGCUCCUUUAAGCGAAAUAAAUACUAGGGAUGAUGUCCAUAUAAGCGACCCUAGUUGUAGGAAUGACAACCCAAUUAGGAGGCCGAGAAGCAAUGAUGAUGCCACCAUAAGCAGAUCAAGUAGAAGAGACGGUGCCCUUAUCUACAGGACAAGUGGUGAAGAUUGCCCCAUUCUCAGACCUAGUAUAGAGGAUGAAACUCUGGAAAACAGACCGAGUAGCAGAAUAGAUAUGAUGCUCCAGUCAAAUCUUUGUUCUGCAUCCAACAGUGAUGACGAGUUGACUGUUAUGGAACUUCUCUCAUCAGUUGGAGGAAAUAUGCCUUGCCAUGCCACACCAAUUUCAUCUUGCCAGGAGAAUUCACUGCCAGCCAAAAGAACAAAUGAGACUGGCCCAACAAUUGAAAAACCAGGAGCGACCUCUUGUCCUCCCGUUCUUGAUGAUGUUAUACAUGUUAUAAGGCAUAGUAGCUUCCGUGUUGGCGGUGAGCAGCCGGUGAUGGAAAAAACAGAAAGGGGUGUGGAUGUUGGGGAUUUCAUAAAUGUUGUGAGGGAUGAAUUGGACAUGAGAAACAUGACGACUAGUCCAGUGAACCUUACGUCAUCAAGUUGCUCUGAAGCUUUAAGUUCAAAAUCAAAUGUUUCGGAUUAUGCCGCGGGUGUUAAGGAAACAGAUGUUAGAAACCCCAUUUCCCCAGCGGAGACAUCAGAAAAGGGAACAUUGGAUAUCAAGCCUGAUAGGCAAAGGGCAGAGGCACUUGAAGGACUUCUAGAAUUGUCAGCAGAGUUACUGCAACAGAAUAGAUUGGAAGAGCUGUCAGUUGUUUUGAAGCCUUUUGGAAAAGACAAGGUGUCCCCUAGGGAGACAGCUAUAUGGUUAGCCAAGAGCAUGAAAGGACUGAUGCUUGAGGACUGUCCACGGAAUUCAUGAAUUACUAUUUUUUUUAUCCUUCUCUUUCAAAUAUUCCAGGGUGCCUUUCCAGUGGAUCGGAGCUAAAAGUUCAGUACCAUACCAACAAACCGCUUAGCUGUUGGUAGAGUUCAUGAAUUAUUUAUUUCUGGGGUGAGCUUAGUUUUUUUUUCCACGUUGCCGUUCUAAGUGUUGGCUUCUUAAUUAACCAUUCUUAUGUCUACCAUAUGAACUUUUA